AUGGCUUGUACAUUUGAUUCAGGAGAUUUUACCAUUGGUGGGAUUGUUUCUCAAGUCUACUUCCUUUAUAACAACCUCUCCUUCUUGGAACAGCCAGCACAGGCCUUGAUUGAGGAAUCCAUUUCGCUGCCUAAGAACUACCAGCACAUUCUGGCUUUAGCAUUUGCUGUCAAAGAGAUCAAUGAGAAUCCCAGCAUCUUAUCAAACAUCUCUCUGGGGUUCUAUAUCCUCAAUAGCUACUUCAGUGCAAGAAUGACCUAUAAAGCCAGCCUAAGCCUGCUUUCCAAACAACAACGGUUUGUCCCCAACUUCUGUUGUGAUGAUGACCAGAACAAGCUGAUAGCUUUCAUUGGUGGAUCUAUCUCUGAAAUCUCUGUCAAUAUGGCCAUUAUUUCAGCAAUGCACAAGACUCCACAGCUCACUUAUGGGUCAUUUCUGGCAGUACAACAUGGCAAAAUGCUAUUUCCAUUUUUGUACCAGAUGGUUCCCAAUGAAGCCUACCAAUACAUGGGAGCUGUGCGGUUACUUCAGCAUUUCAGAUGGACAUGGGUUGGGCUCUUGGCUGUGGCAGAUGACAAAGGGGACCAGUUUUUACAGACCAUGGUGCCAAUGCUCUCCCAGAAUGGCAUAUGUUAUGCCUUCAUAGUAAGAAUACCAAAAUGUAAUUAUGUGGAUAAAUUGAUAGAAUUGCUUAUACAGCAGCGAAAAAACUAUGAGAUUCUCAUGGAGAGAAAGGUCCAUCACUUUCUAAGUAGGGUCAUAUUCAAUAAUAGUGCUAGAGAAAUUGUGCACUUUGAUGGAAAUGGAGAAAUGGUGGCCAGUUUUGAUGUUACCAAUUGGAUGAUGUUUCCCAAUGGCUCAGUGAUGAGAGUAAAAGUUGGAAGGCUAGAACCUCAAGCUCCUCCAGGCAAAGAGUUAACAAUUCAUGAUGACCAAAUUGUCUGGCACCAAAGCUUUAAUCAGCUGGUCUUGCUAAAAAUCCUUCAUGUUUCUUUACAGGCUCUGCCAGUUUCUAUAUGCAAUGACAACUGCUAUCCUGGCUAUAGCAGGAAAAAGAAGGAGGGAGAGAGAUUUUGCUGCUAUGAUUGUGCUCGGUGUCCGGAAGGAAAAAUCUCUCACCAAAAGGACAUGGAUGCCUGUGUCAGUUGUCCAGAAGACCAAUACCCCAACAACAGCCAAAUUGAAUGCAUUCCCAAGAUUCUAGUCCACCUUUCUUAUAAAGAAACGUUAGGGAGCAUUUUAACUAUCACGGCUAUUUCUUUCUCCUUGAUCACAAGUUUAGUACUUGGAAUUUUUAUGAAGCACAAAGACACUCCCAUAGUCAAAGCCAACAAUGAGACCCUUACCUGUAUCCUCCUCAUCUCUCUCCUCCUUUGCUUCCUAUGCUCCUUACUCUUCAUCGGACAACCUGGAAAGAUCAUCUGCCUUUUUCGACAAAUUACUUUUGGCAUCAUCUUUUCUGUGGCUCUUUCAUCUGUGUUGGCAAAAACCAUCAUUGUGGUUCUGGCAUUCAUGGCAACCAAACCAGGAUCUAGAAUGAGGAAAUGGGUGGAGAAAGGACUCGCAAAUUCUAUUGUCCUUUCCUGCUCCUUUAUUCAAGCAGCCAUUUGUGCUCUUUGGUUAUUUACAUCUCCUCCAUUCCCUGAUAGAGACAUGCACACAGUGCAUGGAAAGAUAAUACUAGAAUGUAAUGAAGGUUCAGCAAUCAUGUUCUACUGUGUCUUGGGCUACAUAGGCUUCCUGGCCGUUGUCAGUUUGGUUGUGGCUUUCCUAGCCCGGAGGUUGCCAGACAGUUUCAAUGAGGCCAAAUUUAUCACUUUCAGCAUGUUGGUGUUUUGCAGUGUUUGGAUAACCUUUCUUCCAACCUACUUGAGCACUAAAGGAAAAUACAUGGUGGCUGUGGAAAUCUUCUCCAUCCUGUCCUCCAGUGCUGGAUUGCUUGGUUGCAUAUUUUUUCCUAAAUGCUACAUCAUUGUACUGAGGCCAAAGCUGAACAACAGGGAGAUACUAAUAAGAAGAAAAUAA